AUGUGUGUGUGUGUGUGUGUGUGUCUCUCUCUCUCUCUCUCUCUCUCUCUCUCUCUCUCUCUCUCUCUCUCUCUCUCUCUCUCAUUCAGGAUCAAGGAUGGCGGCGCCGCUCAAGCCUUGGGAGAUGCGCCAGGCACUGCAGCCAAUCCGGGAGGUGUCGCUCCUCCCGCUGUGCCGGCCCGCGAUUUGGAUCCCAUGGGCUAUUCUCCCAUGGGAGCCCGGGGCUUCCAGUAUGGGGCUCAUCCGUACGGCUAUCGCGCCCCGAUUGGCUAUGGCCGGGGCUAUGGUGGUUUUGGCCGACAUGUGACAAUAGCUCAUGGGGUCGCUUUCAUGGACGUCUGGCUACUCGUCAGUUACGAUGCUUAUGGGGCAGAAUCUUCAAGCCUGAGCCGCGUGAUUGAGGACAAAGCGCGCGCCGCCUUCCAAACCGUGGAGUCGCUGGUCUUUGCCGUCAGCUCAGUGUCCCACAUGUUGGAAAGCACUUAUGAUGCUCUUUUCAGCUCAGUCAUCUUAAUCAGCAUUAUGAUCCUCAUCAUCAAGAUCCAACCUGGUCCAAUUGCGAUCGGUCUCACGUGUGUCAUGUGCCUCCAUUGUGCGGGUGGUACGAUCGCGAGCCCGUACGUGCAAAGAUUAUUCAUACCUUUGUCGCAGAGCGGCAAGACGAGAUCGAGGUUCAUGCAGGCCAAGAAGUGGCUCGUUCCCCUCAACCAUCUCAAGCGUCUUGGCUCAACACCAACCUCCGUGCGAAGUGGGCCGGCUAUGCAAUCCGCCUAUAACCACGUAACGCAUUGA